AUGAGACUUGUUGUUGUUGCUUCUCUUGAAAAUAGUCCUUGGAAGAUGACCUUGGAACUAAAGGAAGCUUCUACGACUACGUUGGUUUCACCAACAUCGGACCAUGAGCCAUUGUUAGUUUCGACAAUUGAGAGUGAGAUACCUCGUAGGAAGGAGAGGAGGUUCCAUUUUGAUAAUGCAUGGCUUCAUGACGAAGAUCUGGUUGGAGUAGUUCGAGACAGUUGGUACUCCUCCAUGGGGUCUGAUAUAAUGCUCCAUAAAAAAUCUUGUAUAGACGCAUUGCAAAGUUGGGGUAUGGAUAGGAAUUCGAGAUUUUGGAAGAAAAAGAACAGCUUGAAGCGUGCUAUCGAUUUUACUCGAGAGGUUGAUCCUUUUGCCGAUACCACAAGUUUAAUUAGAGAGUGGGGCAAUAUUCUAGCGCAGGAGGAUGCUAGACGAAGAUAA